CAGUAGAACCACUCUCCGAAAAAUUGGAAGUAAAAUCUUUCAACGCGCAGGGCGGCUGCGCAUAUUUCCUGGCCGCGCGAGAACCAUUCUUCCAUUGCUAGUCGAGUAGGAACGUACGGGUUAACAGUGCCGUAUUUUGCUUAAAUUGAGUUAGUUUUGUGAAUAAUUGUUAAUAUUGUGAAGUUGAACAUGAGUAAAAUUCGAACUGGUAUUAGUCGGUGUUCAGCAAAAAUGUGCACGAACAAUUCAAAAAAUUGUAACUACAGUUUUUUCCGAUUUCCCAAGGAAGCUGAUAGAGCACGAAAUUGGGCAAUGUUGUGCCAGAGAGAAGAUUUGUUAAAGAAAACAAACUUAAAUUUGAACAGAUUAUGCAGUGUGCAUUUUGAAAAUACUAUGUUUUCAAAUAAAACUCGGAACAGGUUAUGUAAAAACGCAGUACCACGUUUAUUUCCUUCAAUAGAAGACAGUCCAAACCAACAUUCAAAUGUUGAUCAAGGUGAGUUUAUAUGUUUGAAAGCUGAAAUUUCCGUGUAAACCUAAGAAUGUUCUGCUAAUUAUAUUGUUGACGUAUAAAUUUGUUGUAUUGUAGUAUUGCAAUAAAUUAUAGCUUGUUUACUAUGUAAACAACUUUACUA